GGUGUCCACUUAUUACUGAAUUCACUCACAGUAUCAGUGUCUGCCAUUUGAUUCCUCUGCAUUUGAAUUUUGCUAAGCAGUUUUUCAAAGUUUAUUACUAUUGGCAACAUUGACUAUACUAUACGUCAAUCAAUGUCAAUUUUUUAGCAAAAUGUCACUAACACGUUGCGUUGCUGCGGCUGUGGUUCCGGCUUGUUUGAGAGCUUUGAAACAGACGUGUUGUAGUGGUAUAAGUAGAAACAGUGUGGUAAAAUCCCGGUGUCUCAGUUCAAAAAUAGUAACUAAUAGGAACUGUGCUGUUAUCAACAUGUACAUCGCGGAAGAAAGAGGUUCACCGUACGCUCCGGACUACCGUGUAUUCUUCAAGGAUGAAAGUGGUCCAAUCUCACCACUUCACGACAUUCCAUUGUGGGCGGACCGUGCACAACGUGUCGUCAAUAUGGUAGUGGAGGUCCCACGUUGGAGUAACGCCAAGAUGGAAAUCAGCCUUUCUGAGCAGCUCAACCCCAUCAGGCAGGACGUAAAGAAAGGCGCGUUACGGUUCGUCUGCAACGUUUUCCCACACCACGGCUACAUCUGGAACUAUGGAGCUCUGCCACAGACUUGGGAAAACCCUCAACACAUUGACCCCUCCACGCAGGCACGCGGAGACAACGACCCUAUCGAUGUCAUAGAAAUCGGAGAGCGAGUAGCAGGUCGGGGGGAUGUGGUUCCAGUAAAGAUAUUGGGAGUAUUAGCACUUAUUGAUGAGGGCGAGACAGAUUGGAAGUUGAUAGCAAUUGACACACGCGACUCUAAUGCUUCACGGCUGAACGACGUUGCCGACGUGGAGACUCAUUUCCCUGGUCUUUUACGCGCCACAGUUGAGUGGUUCCGAUUGUACAAGGUUCCUGACGGGAAACCUAUCAAUAAGUUCGCGUUCGAAGGAGAAGCAAAGGACAAAGAAUUCGCCUACAAAAUCGUCGAUGAGGUGCACGAGUUCUGGCGCGGCCUGGUUGCUGGCGAGGUAACCGAUGCGAACGACAUCUGCAAGACCAACGUGACAGUAGAAAACUGCCCGACUCGCGUGGAGCGUUCGGAAGCAGCCGCGAUACUCGCCAAGGCACCCGCACGUGGAAAUCCGCAGCCGAUACCUAGCACAGUGGACAAGUGUUACUUCGUGUCGAAUCUAUAGGAGAGCAGCGGUUGUCCCGGCUACCACAUCUAGUGAAUACGUGUAUAUUUAUUGAUAAAUGUUUAAUUAAACUUAUUGCCUUUUAAA